UAGAAUAAGGAUAAACAAAUAUUUCAGGAACAAAACAAAUCUAUUCAUGUUUUGUCUUUCUCCAUAGGCCAUACAGAUUGGUUCCCUAUAAAGGCAAUGCCAAAUUUCAUGGAUGUGACAGAAUUUAUUCUUCUGGAGUUGACCAGUCACCAAGAGCUACAGGUUCUCUUUUUCGUGGUGUUCCUAGUAGUUUACAUGAUCACUGCGAUAGGGAACGUUGCUAUGAUCAUUUUGAUCACCAUCAGUCCCCAGCUUCAGAGUCCCAUGGACUUUUUCCUGAGUCAUUUGUGUUUUGUGGACGUGUGGGUUUUUUCCAAUGUCACUCCCAAAGUGUUGGAAAACUUACUAUCAGAGAUAAAAACCAUUUCUUAUGUGGGGUGUUUGAUGAAAUGUUGCUUUUUCAUUGCCCUUGUCCAUGGGGAGGUCUAUAUCUUGGCAGUGAUGGCCUUUGAUCGGUACAUGGCCAUCUGCAACCCUUUGCUUUAUGGCAGAAGAAUGUCCAGGACUGUCUGUGUUCGACUUAUCUCUGUACUUUUUAUCUAUGGAUUCUCUGUUAGUCUCAUAUGCACACUGUGGACAUAUCCCUUGUACUUCCGUGGAAGCUUUGAAAUCAACCACUUCUAUUGUGCAGAUCCUCCUCUCAUCAAGACUGCCUGUGGAGGAGUUCAUAUCAAAGAAUACACAAUGAUUGUCAUCGCUGGAAUUAACUUCACAUAUUCCCUCUCGGUAGUCCUGGUUUCCUUUACAUUUAUUGCAGUAGCUGUGCUACGCAUGUGCUCUGCUGACAGGAGGAGGAAGGCCUUCUCUACUUGCAGGUCCCAUUUGACAGCUGUUACCAUUUAUGGGUCCCUGAUAUUUAUGUAUCUCAGGCGGUCCGCUGAGGAGAUCAUGGAGUAGGGGAAAAUGGUGGCUCUGUUUUAUACCACAGUCUUUCCCACGCUAAAUCCCAUGGUCUACAGUCUGAGGAACAAGGAUGUGAAAGAGGCAGUCAAUAAAGCAAUCAUAAAGGCAAAUUUGGGGCAAUGA